AUGGACGAAGAGUUAGCAAAAAAAGAAGAUAUUUUUGACGAUAAAGAAGACCAAGUUAAAGCAAUAUUAGCAGAAAUCUCUCGAUUCUUUGCCGACGAAAAAGACAAACUUAUCAAAAUAGCGGAAGAAAGCGGAAGUUCGAAAGUUAAAGAGAAACUACGAACUAAACUCACCGAAUUUUCAAAUUUAAGAAAUCUUUCUCGUGACCAAGGAGCCCAACUUCUGCUGGACGGUCAAAAACUACUUAAAGAUAAAUUUAUUGCCCUCAAUGCUAGCGGUACUGGCAGCAGUUGCUAUUUUAACAGUUUUUCUCUUUGGCUCAACGGCGACGAAAAUUUACGUAAUCAUUUACGUUUAGCGGUUUUCCAAGAGGCAAUUUCAGAAACAAGUGAAUAUUUUCUUAUCCAAGGAAAACGAGACAUUGAGAUUUUGUCCCAGAACACUAACGUUGGUAGACAAACAGGGGGAGACGAACAUAUCAUUUUUGCUAGACUUCUUGACUGCAACGUUGCUAGCAUUGCCAACUCCAACGGUGUACUUAGUGUGGGUAUUACGAAACCAGAUGGCACAGCAUUUGGUGCUAAUGAAUUUGAAGACAAUGGAAAAGAGAUAAUUUGGCUUUUUCACCAAGGCGAAAGUUUAGAUGGAGGUGGUGGUCAUUAUGUUCCGCUAGUCCCUAAUGAAGAAUUAACCCAACCACUUGCUAUUUGUCGCAAUAAAGGAAGCCAAAACACGGUUUAUGAUGAAACUUUAAAACUAGUUAACGACGAAAUAUUAAAGAUUACCAUUCAGCAACACAACAACAACCCUAAUCCUCACCCUCAACCUCAAACCUACACUGCCCAAGCAAUCUUUGAAGAACAAGAACAAGAAGUUCAAACUGCUUCUGAGCCAGUUUCCUCAGCCCCCAGCAGCAAUUUUUCCUCUCCCUCGACCAUCCCUAAUCCAACUACUCCUCAAUCGAAUGAAACUCCUAAUAAUUCUCCUUCCAGUUCGAGUGAUAGCAGUAGUUACUCCGGCAGUUUUGGUGGCUUUUCUAGCGGUGGUGGCGGAGGUGGUGGAAGCAGCAGUUCUUCCCCUAGUCCUUCUGCUCCGGAAACUACUCCUCCUUCUACCCCCCCUACUCCCUCCCCUUCACCAACUCCUCGACCUCCGGUUUACCCUUCGGCUGAUGAAGCUCAAGAAAUCCUCAAAACCGCUAAAAAAGUACAAAAAGAAACCAAUGCUUCCUUAGAGGAAAUCAAAAAAGCCACCGACAACCUCAAUAAUCUCCUCGAAAAGUUAGACCAAUUAACCACCAGCCAAGCCGUAGCUCAAUAUGUAAAGCAAGUUACUAGCCAAAUUCAACAGCAAAAAUUAACUACCCAAAAGAAAACCAAUCUUUCCCAAAAACCAAGUGAAAAAAAAUGA